GAAUAGAAAUAUUCAACUGGACCAACAGAAUACCAAGCCUGACCAUCCUUUGCCACAAGUUCUGGUUUUCCAACUCCAACUCUCUGACCCUAGUUAAAGUGAAACUUCUGGAGGCCAACUGCUCUACCUCCUUCUCCAACUGA